CCUCAAGCCUCGGAAGCAAGCAGCGGGAGGAGAAAAGGGCAGGUCCAGGCAGGAGGGCCGCGGCUGGGAGGGGCCGAGGCGAGCCGGCCCCCUAGUAGGAAAUGAGACAGGUCCAAGUAACACUUUAAAAGCCUGACUCCCUCUUCCUCCACGCGUUCUCUCUCCAUCGUCCACUCUGCUCCGGCCCCUCCCGGACAGCCUCCCUUCUCUUUCCUGAUCCGAGCCUGCCCCAGCCCAGGUGGGACCCAGAACUUCAGCUCCAGGAUGUUGACGAAGUUUCUGUCGCUGCUGCUGCUGCUGCCUGGCUGCGCCCUUUGUAACUCCGAUGGCUCCCAAAGCCUUCACAUGCUCCAGAUCUCCUACUUCCCAGACUCCGAUCAUGUGAGGCAUCAGGGCAACGCCUCUCUGGGAAAACUCCUGACACACACAUUGGAAGGCAAGAGCAAAAACAUCACCAUUCUCCAGCUGCAGCCCUUGCAGGAUCCGGAGAGCUGGAACCGCACCGAGAGUGCCCUGCAGCUCUACCUGACCCAGUUCGAAAGCCUGGUGAAGUUGGUGUAUAGAGAGCGCAAGGACAACGUGUUCUUUCCUCUCACUGUUAGCUGCUCCCUGGGCUGCGAGCUUCCGGAGGAGGAGGAGGAGGGCUCCGAACCCCAUGUCUUCUUCGAUGUGGCCGUGAAUGGAAGCGCCUUUGUAAGUUUCCAGCCAAAGACUGCCGUAUGGGUGUCUAGCUCCCAGGAGCCCUCCAAAGCGGCCAACUUCACCCUGAAGCAGCUCAAUGCCUACAACCGGACUCGGUAUGAAAUGCAGGAAUUUCUGCAGGGCACCUGUGUGCAGUACCUGGAGAAACAUAUCACCACGCAGAACAUGAAAGGGAGCCAAACAGGUCGCUCUUACACUUCACUGGUCCUGGGCAUCCUGAUGGGCUGUUUCAUAAUCGCCGGUGUGGCCGUUGGCAUCUUCAUGUGCACAGGUGGACGACGUUGCUAAUUAUUCUCCAGGCCCCUAGGAGAAAGGGCUGGACUGGUGGGAGCUGGUAAGGGAAGGUCGAAGCUCAUAGGAAGCCAAGCAGACUCCACCAGCGCCAGCGGGCCACCAUAUCUCAGGAGGUUUAGAGCAACAACUCCAGCAUCUGCCUAAGAAGUGUGUGAGGAAGGGAUGUGGGGAGGGUAUGGAGACAAACUAACCGGUUUGCAAAGGACUUGAGCACAUGCGUGCUUUGUGUAGCUGGCCUGAGAAGUGGGUGUUUAUCUGUGGAAAUCAGACCAUGGAUUUGGGGGUGGAGUAAGACUGGGGGGGGGUCUGUGACCUCCCUGAAUAGGCAGAUUUACUGUAGGCAUUUAAAACAUCUUACUAAAUAAAAGGAGUUGUCUGUAACCAAAAUAAAACUUAUUUAACGUGUCCAGGAGUGUCCAACUUGGGAAGGGACACUGGGAAUGAUAUGAUAGGGAAGACAGAACCCCCGGAAAUGUCACCGGUGUGAGGUUAAACAACAUGGGAACAGUGAAUUAAUAAAUAUCAAAUUUCUUAUUUAUGUAAAAGGUGUGCUAUAUCUUCUAUUUUAUUAAAACUUCUGAAAAAAAGUA